AAGAUUUCAAUUCAAGAUUUUGAACCACAGCAUUUCGUUUUUAUCAAUUAUGCCGCUUUCUACGGAAAUUUUUGCAGUUCCAGAAAUGCGUGAAUCAACCUGAAGGGUUGCCAUUUUUUUCCCCUUGGCCUCUUUGUGUUCAUUCGCAUACUUAAAAUGCAAAUCCGUUCUUUUGUUGUCAUUUAUUGAAUAUGCGCCGCGUGGUUAUAAAACAAACAAAUACAAAGCUUCGAGCAGAUCAGCGACUACUCUUCACAGAAUCUUUCGCUUAGUCGCCGGUUUAGAAUGAAACAUGGCUUCGCCAGUGAGUAAUAUCGACCACAUUUUCAGUAAAGAGGCAAACUGUCCUAUUUGUUUGGAGGAGUAUGUUGAACCAAAGGUUUUACCUUGCCUUCACAACAUUUGUAAGAAAUGUCUGAAAGAACUGCUACAUCACCAUACGCUGAGUUUUCGCUGUCCAAUCUGUCGUGCUGUUUGUCCGAUUCCUGACCGCGGAGUUGAUGGUUUUCCAACAAAUGAUUAUUUAGCGCGUUUAAUUCGAGAUUCGCCAGCCAAGAAAGUUAUUCAAGAGAUCAGGAAAGCAAUGAAAGACUGCAGUGAAAAACUUGUAAUCGUGCGGAAAAUCUAUGAGGAGGCUCGCACCGAUAUGGAACAACAAGGAGAACUAAUCAAGCGCAAGAUUCGCGAAGAUUUUGAGAAUCUCGUCGAAGUUCUGCGAAAGCAAGAAGAAGCCUUGUGCGCUGAAGUCGAUAAUUUAGUCGAGAAAGAAGAGAAGAAACAUCCGGCGUGUUUUCUCACCUUGCAAACAGAGACGUUAUUGACUCAUAUCGCGGGUUCCUUGAAAUUACGAGAUGCGUUAGACGUAGCAAACGAUAAAGAGCAUUUGUUAAACAGAAUCAGAGAUGCAAAUGUAGCGUGUACCAAGUUGAGCCAUUUGCAUUCCGCCGCUGAGACAGAAAAGACGAAAAAUUCGUUCGAAUUUAUGGGAAACAAAGAAGUUCUUCAGUGUGUUAGUGGAAACAUGUUUGGAAGUGUAGGCUUGAAGGGACAAUUAACAUCUUCAAACACGUUAAUCAGUUCACCUGACUCGGAUGACUUGGGGAGCCUAGAGGUUCUUAAACCUGGCACAAGGUUUCAUUCUCUUAAUAUACCACAGCCCUUGAAACGAAAGUUCCAGCCAUUUGCAGUGGCAAUAAACGAUGAAGGUCAUAUCGCACUUAGUGAUCAAGGAAAUCACGCUGUGUUAAUAUACACCAAACAAGGAGAAUUUGUGGCUUGUGUUGGUAGACGGGGAUCAAAAGACGGAAACCUUGAGUCGCCAACUGGUGUAACAUUUCUAACCAGGCAUUUGAUCGCCGUUGCUGAUGGGUGUUUGUUUGGUAAUCCAGCGCGGAUUCAAGUAUUUGAUAGCUCGGGUAGAUUCACACGCUGUCUCGUUAAAUUGACUUCUAACUCUCAUUGGUUCACGCGCCUCACUACCGUGAACGAAGAGCAAAUUUUGGUCACGUGCACACCUGUAAUGCAGGGCCACGAGUCAUGUAUUAAGGUGUUCAACACUAGCGGAGAGGAACUCCUUUGUUUUGGGACAAGCCUCUCAGGAAAACUACUGCAUCCUUCAAAAGCUGUUGCACUCAACAACGAGUUUUUCGUGUCAGAUGUUGACAAGAAGAACAAUCGUUGCAUGGUAAGUGUUUUUGACCACGAAGGCAAGUACCUGAGGGCAUUUGGUGAAUGUAUGCUGAAAAAAGAUCCAAACGAACGCGCCUUCUAUCCGCUUGUGAUUGCAUUAGAUGCAGCAGAUAGCAAAGUGCUUGCAUACAGUGGGCUGUACAAGCUGGUUCGUUGUUAUAUGCCUAAUGGUUCUUUGGAGUCUUACUACAGUACACUGUCUGGAAUCACGGACAUGGCUGUUACUGAUGAUGGCAGAGUGUUUGUGGUUUGUGGAGGAAGUGGUGAAUUCCCUCACAGUGUUCAGCUUAUAUUCCACUACUAAAGACAAGUGUGAAGCGCAAAUGAUGUUGUUGCUUGUGUAAAGGAAUUUACUUCACACAUUUCGCCUUUUAUUUUCAAUUUUUGGUUUUCCUGAUAACCUUUUAACAUCCUAUGCCUUUUGAGUGGUAUCUGUGAAUACCAAGCGUACACGUACAGAAAAGCGGAGAAUUUUUUUUCUAUCAAAUAAAAACUUGCUCACGAAGAGAUUUUAGCAAAAGGGACUAAAGAGAAAGUGCGGUUACGACUUAAACGCAUUUUUAACUUGAACCGCUGAAAUGAUUCGUUUUGAAUUGAGUAAACACGAGUGUAAGAAAUCCUGCAUUUUUUGUUUUUAAGCCUAUAAGGUUGCUUAUCCAUGCAAUAUUUGGGUGUUUAACAAAACUGCAUUCUGAUCCAUCUUCACUUGAGCUAUAGGGUUCAACUAUAAGUUGAUGCUAGGAAAAGUUUCAAGAAGGCUUACGACUAACAGUGGAUUUACAUUCAUUUCAUGCAAAUCACUCAAAACGAUACCUCAAGGUCCACUGAGUGUCUGUAAUCGAGGCCUAAGUAGUGUACUUGUUGAAUAUCCGGCUCUUAUGUAUGUACGUUUCAGAUUCCAGUUACUUUAUUAAGUUCGGCA